UCCUAUGCACCAGCUCCCCACCCCAUGGCUCCUCCCAGCCCCAGCACAAACAGCAGCAACAACAGCAGCAACAACAGCAGUGGGGAACAGUUGAGUAAAACCAACCUGUACAUUCGAGGCCUUCCACCCGGCACCACUGACCAGGACCUUAUCAAGCUGUGCCAGCCGUAUGGGAAAAUUGUAUCCACAAAGGCAAUUCUUGACAAAAACACAAAUCAGUGCAAAGGCUAUGGUUUUGUAGAUUUUGACAGUCCAGCAGCGGCACAGAAAGCGGUAGCAUCUCUUAAAGCAAAUGGCGUUCAGGCCCAGAUGGCAAAGCAACAAGAGCAAGACCCAACUAAUUUAUACAUCUCAAAUUUACCCAUUUCCAUGGAUGAGCAGGAACUGGAGAAUAUGCUGAAACCCUUCGGACAUGUCAUUUCCACCAGAAUAUUAAGAGAUGCUAAUGGAGUCAGCAGAGGAGUCGGCUUCGCCAGAAUGGAGUCUACAGAAAAAUGUGAAGUAGUAAUUCAACAUUUUAAUGGCAAAUAUCUAAAAACUCCACCUGGUGUACCAGCCCCCACUGAGCCUUUGCUGUGCAAAUUUGCUGACGGAGGGCAAAAGAAGCGACAGAAUCAAAGCAAAUACACUCAGAAUGGAAGGCCGUGGCCAAGAGAUGGAGAGGCUGGCAUGGCUUUGACCUAUGAUCCAACAGCUGCUAUACAGAAUGGAUUUUAUUCCUCACCGUACAGUAUUGCAACAAACCGCAUGAUUCCACAGACAUCUAUCACGCCAUUCAUUGCUGCUUCCCCUGUCUCUACAUAUCAGGUCCAGAGUACUUCGUGGAUGCCUCAUCCGCCAUACGUUAUGCAACCAACAGGUGCUGUGAUAACGCCGACAAUGGACCACACUAUGUCAAUGCAGCCAGCAAGCAUGAUGGGCCCUCUGACCCAACAGAUGAAUCACCUUUCCUUGGGCACAACAGGAACGUAUAUGACUGCUGCUGCACCUAUGCAAGGGACCUACAUUCCCCAGUACACUCCUGUGCCUGCAACAGCUGUCCCCAUUGAAGGUGUCGUUGCUGAUACUUCUCCGCAGACAGUAGCAUCUUCAUCACAGGAAGCCAGUGGUCAACAGCAACAGAUGACAGUGGAAACAUCCAGUGAACAUGCACCUGCAUAUUCUUACCAACAGUCUAAACAAUAAACAGGACUGAAGAAUGUCGGUCUGAAAUCUUUGCCUUGAAUGGAGAAACUUCAUUGAACAAGAAGUUGGCUUCCAGUUUGCACAGGCAUCAAAUGAAUGCUUUUUUUUUUUAAUUUUCUACUUUCCCAAUGAAAACACAACAGUGUUUUUAUGUGCUGUGCAAAUGGUUCCGUCAUGUAGUCUGACAGUUUUAUUUUUGCUAUAUUUUUUUUAAUUAAAGAAAAGACCCAGAGGAAAAACACUGAGUUGACAUUUCAUCAGGACGAACAUUUGAAUUCAGAAUUUACCUGUAGGUGUAUCUAGAUUUUUUUUUUUAAACAUCAAAACUGAGGAUGUCAAGAGGAAGCAAGUUGACAAGAAAACUAAUUGUCUUCCUCAAAAAUUAAGCUACUUUUUUUUCUCUACAUUUUUUCUUUCUUGUUUUAAAUCUAGUGUGUUUUUGUUUUGGGGUUUUUUUUAGAAAUGUUUAGGUAAGUUUAUCUUGAAUCUUAAUUGCCUUAAUUUUAAGGACGUCAGAGGCUCUCAAGGCAAGAUGUCUAUGUCUUAUUAGAAAAAAUGAAAAAGAAUUGAAACUUGCUCACACUGGUUUCAGCUGGUGCAGAAGUUUAACAGACUGAGAUUUUGGGGUGAACAACAAAAAACUGUACAGUUUAAAAGAAAAUGCUUUUCUUCUUUUGGAGAAAACUUGUUGAUAAAGGAACUGUGGCAACUGUAAGGAUUGGAAAAAUGCUGGAACUUUUAUGAACUUUGUCUUAAGUAUUGACAAAAAAAAUUCUAGAAGGCUAAAGCAUUUUACAGUAAAGUUAUUGAAUUGAGAAAAAAAUAACUGCAUUAUAAAGAAUGCAGGGUUUUUUUCUUGCAGAAUGCAGAUUUUUUUUAAUUUUCAAAGUGUGAUCGCUAGCAAAAGCAUUAGUGCUUUUUAUCUGCAAUCUUUUUUAUGAGCUUUAAGAAGUUUUUAGUCUGCUUUGCUUGUCACAUUGCAAAAACCUAGCUUAAGAGCAUUUAAAAAAACUUAAGUAGAUAGGAGCUUAUGGUCAAAAAAAAGUGCAAAAAAGCAAUAGAUAGAAGAAAUUGUUGACAAUUUCUGUAGUCUUUCCUAGUUGUGAUCAAAUGCAGCCUAUGGAUGGCCUAUUUUAUACCAAAGAUGAAGUGACACCCUAACGCAGUCCAGGAGAUAGAGGUUUUUUUUCUUUUUUUAUCUUUAUUUGACCUACAUGGCCGGACCAGUUUUUACUUUCUUGUUUGUUUAAACUAUCUUCCACUGGUUUUUUACUUACUGCAUAUGUUUAUAAUGAUCAUUUCAGAGCAGUUGGUACUAGAAGCUUGUACCUCCUGUGUUUUUUGCAUCAUUUCAGAGUAUGAAGAGAUCUGGGUUACCGACUAUCCAGAUGGGCUUUAAUUUUUACAAGUUUUAUGUUACCUUGUCUGGUCUUUUGUAUUUCUAUGGAAACUACAGUCUUCCUUCUGAAUUCCAAUAUCCUACAGGUUCAUUUCCUCACCUCAGUCUUUGUCAUCUUGCAACAUGUAUAGUCACCUUGAUUCUGUACUGAAGUUUUUCAGUGAUCCAUUUGGGUCACCUAUUAGAUGCCAGAGAAAGCAAACUUAAUCUCUGUUCUCAUUUUAGCUCUCCCAUACAAGCAGAAAGUUAAAAAUUACUCACGUUUGCAUGCUCAAGCAGGCAAGAAGUUAAAAAUUACUUUUCUCACCUAUGAUUUCUGUUGUCUUAAUACAUUGGCUGACAAUCAUUAAUUGGUACGAUUAGUCAAAAGACAAUGGUAAAUAAAUUGAGUCAGUUGAAAUCUAUUUUAGAAAUAACAACUAUUGCACAGAGAAAUCCUGAUUAAAAUCCUUGCUUUUUCCAAACAAACGGGGGGUGAACGAAGUCAGAACAAGACGCGUGGUUUUUUUUCUUAAGGCAGAAAGAACAAAGAAAAGCAGCCUAUAAACUAAAUCAAACAACUGAAAACUUCCGUCCAUCAAAGAAAAAGGGGACGCUUCACCACAUUCACUGUGGUACAUUAAAAACAGGGUAUCCAUUAAAAAAAAAUUAAAGCAUAUUUAUAUUGGAUCAAUCUGAUUUAGCCACCCUGACUAAACAAUAUCUGAGGUUUAACAGAUUUUUUUAAAUCACGUAUUUUUUUAAAAUUACUAAAUCAAUACCUUAUUUUGUAAUGUAGUGGGGUGUGGGAAGGGGUGGGUUACCCAAGCAAAUGGCUGCUAAAUAUGCAACAUGUGAAAGAGAGGGAUGGGAUCUUGUCUGGUUAACUGCCAUUGCUACAGAGCCUGGUUUUCAGGAGGGCUAAAGUAUUCCCAGCUCCUGUUGACUCCACCUGGAAUUGUGGUUAUUCAGGACUUUUAAAAAUCUGGCCCACGCUAACGUGGGGGGAAAGAAAGUUGUGUUUCCAUCUUACAGAAAGACCUCUAGCUUUUUCCUUUCUGUUCCACGUGCUUCCUCAUUGUUGCUUUCUUUUUGUGAAUGACAGUCGAGUUUUGUCCUUGCAAAAGUUAUGGGAAAAAUCAAGCUAGCCUUAUUAUCUUCCUUUUUACACUCUGUGUGUGAACUCUUUGUAUAACUAGAGAUCCCCAGGCACCACUGAGUUGAAUAUGAAAUAAAUACAUGUGGUUCUGUUUCUGUACAAAUUCUAAUGUGACACACAAAAAGGUCUCAUUUACUAUCAACAAUGAGGCUACAAGGUAGCUACCAUGUGGCUGAUGAAUAUGCUGAGGUACCUUCCUGUUUCUAUUCAGAACUCUGCUGCUUUAUUUAUACAUUCAGAAACUUUGUUUUACUUUAUUUGCUCAAAAUAAUAAAAAAAAAUCUCAGUGUUUUUUUUAUUAAGCCGGUCAGGCAAAGAGGUAUCAGGAUGCCUGUCACUUUAAACUGUUAUAAGUACAUUCUGUGUUAGAAUUGUUUAACUUUUUGCCAUGCUACAACAUUUAACAUUGUUUAAAAACCAAAAAAGGGGAAGAAGAAAAAGAAAGACAAAGGGUCCUAUAAAUCCAAUUAAUUAUCUUAUUUUAUUGAUCCCAGUAUUGAUUAAUUGGUAGUUCAUCAGUUGUAAACAGUUAUAUAUCAGCAGGUAAGAAAUAACAUAUUCAAAAUUCAGAAAAUGCUGAGAUGGGAAUCCUUAUUUGUAAGAAUCAAAGGUGAAGUAAAAGAAUACAGAUGAAAUCUACUGAAUGCAGCACACCUAUCUGCCCUUCAGGUAUCAUCAUAACAGAGAUACCCAAUUGCUUCAAAAAACUGAAGCUGAUUUCCUUCAUGUUCUGGCUGACAAGGUUCUUAGUGGCUUUUUUUUUAAAGUGCUGAAUUUGUACUUUCAGUACCUAUGUCAUGCCAAUUUAGCCUUAAAUAUCAGGAGAGUUCCUGAAAAGUUGCAGAAACUACUCCAGAAGUCUAAGGCAAUGGUGCCUAACCCAAGUGUCUGGAAAUAAAAUAAAAUCCAUAAGCUGAGCUGCAUAUGUACUUCCCAUCACAUCCGACUCUUGUAAAUAGUCAAAUUUUAGACUUUUUUUUUCCUUUUCAAAUAAAUGACAAUGAGAGGUGUUAGAAAUACGCUGGGAAAUUCGGAAUACGUAGUUGUCACUGACGAUUGAAAGUUAAUUGGUAUGAUGGAACUAAAUACAAUAUAAUAUAUUGUAUUUGGAGCUGCUAGUGACAUAUCCAGAGCCUAAUUCAGGGCACUGAAAAGUCUUAUUGUCCCAAGUGAACUAAAAUGCUUAGGGAGCCCUCUUCCUAUCUGGCUCUAUUGCUGAUUUUGUUAGCACUGGUCACCUGUGACAGUCAGGCCUAGAAUUUUGGUUGCCCUCGUCUUCCCUUGCGCUGAAAUGGACUCUUGAAAUGUCCCUAGUGGAUGAAUACUUGUAUGGUUCUGUUUGCCAAGGGGUUUAGACUGUCUUUACAUGAUAGUUGAGACAUCCAAUGUAAUGCAGAACUAGAUUUAUUUUAGAGCAAUUUCAUCAUGUUGUGUUAUCUUCUGCUGUGGCUGCAUGCACAACUGUGGAAGAUGACAGAUGGUGAUCAGGAAAGUGAGGGAUUCUGCAAUGGGAUUAAGCAGUAAAAUGGAUUUUUACUUGAGUAAAAAUCAAAUGAAGGGUAUUAUUUAUGUAUGUGUGUGUACCAAAAUUCAGCAAAUUUGAGGAAGCCUGCAUUGUAAUAAAGUUUAUUUUUAAUAUGUCAUAGUAUUUUGAUCUAUAUUAUGUUGUCUAUGGUACUGAAGGAUGAGAUUAAUACUUACUGUGUAACAAGCUGCCUUGGUUCAUAAUUUUAAGUUUGAUAGUGCUUAUCAGUCAGCCUCUUCAUUUUAAUACUGAGCUUGACAUGAAUGAAACAGGUUUAAGGAGACUCACUCACUGAACUGUACCUAUGGUAAGAGUCAUGCUAAAGAGUGAUAAUGGGCUUAAAGUAAUGAAUCAAUCCACUUUUAGUGAUGAGACUGAAUGUGGUAGUAGAAGAUAGUUAUGUUUGACCCACACACAGCUAAGAUUUCUUUUCAGAACUUUAUUUAACAUGAAAUUGGUCUUGAUGCAAAAGAAGUGCCCUGGGGCAAAGGAUUUUAGAGAUUUUCUAGGAAGCCCACCUGAACUGAAGAAAUACUAACGGUGUGAUGGAAAUUCAAAAGCAAACAGAAACACGCUGGCUAUUCCAGUGAACCUAUCUUUUCUGUUUGAUGGCAUUUCUUUUCUCUCCAGUAGUGGUGAUUCCUUUCAUUUCUGAUACAUGCAAACACACAAUCAUGCACAAACAUUAGCAGAAGAAGGGUUGAAUCAGCAGCAGACUUUUUAUAUUCCUCAACAAAGUGGAUUUCUGGAAUCCUCAAGCAGCAAACCUGGAGUGUGAGUCAGUGAGGGAGGGAGUUAUUUUUCUCUCAGAAGAAGCACCCGCCUUCCACUUCGGUCAUAUCAUCCAAGUAGACUGGAAUGCUGUACGCACCUGUGAGACUCUUCGUCAUGCCUCAGAGAAUGCAGAAGAGACCAUUAAUCUCCCCGUUAUGAAUGUCUUCUUUGUUAAACAGAAAAAGAUGACAAAAGCUGUACAAAAAAAGUUGCUUUUACUUCCAAUGAUGAGAAAAACUCUUGUGUUUAAAUCAGUUGUUCUUGUUCUUAUUCCAUGCCCAUGAUAGUUGAGUUCCUUUCAUUUUAAUAACAAUUUGUAAGAAAAUGCAAAAUGUUAGCUAUUGACCGUCCACAAACCCAUUUUUCCUCAUAGGGCCAAAUCCUGUGAUGUUUUCAGCACCUCUUAAGAACUGGGCCCGUUGCAUUAAUUAUAUUUUCUUACUGUUGAUUUCUGUCUCUCGGGUGACAUAUUUAUGUCUGGCAGAUUUUACAGUCACAUAUUUUGAAAAACUCCAAAAAUGAAGCUUAGAGAGGAGAACAUGAUGUUCAGUGUAACUAAGUAUUAAUAAAGAUGCUGCCCAGGAAAUAAGUAAAUCCACCUCUCUCUUUCCCCCCACCUUUUUUAAGGAAAAACCUGUGAAACCAGGAAGCAUCCAGAAUUCAUACAGAAACGUUUCAUUUUCCCCCCCAUUUAAAAAUCAAUAAAUAAAAGCUUCCAUUUAAGAAAAAUCAAAGCAGCUUUAAAAAUAGACGAAUUCCAAUCAUGAAAAUGUUUCACAUAAACGAAACAGAGGUUUUUUAAAACAGACCUUGCCGUAUCCGUAUUGUCGACCAAAGCACCUCUGUGAGCCAUUCAAUUCUGAAUCUUAUUUAUAAGGGCAUCAUAGUGCUGAUAUCUCAGACUGUCACUGAACGAGCUGUACUGCUAUGAUUUUCUUUCUUUUUUUAAUUUUUAUUUUCCAUUUGUACCACAAUCCUAAUAGCUGCCAUUUUCCCACUCGUGGGGCUUUCUGUAGAUCAGUGGAUGUUAGGUUUAAACUUCUGUUUUCUUUG